GCAGCGCCUGCGCCGGCGGCGCAGGCGCCCACAGCGCCUGCGGCACCGCCAGCGCCAGCAGCGCCCGCGGCGCCGCCAGCGCCGCCAGCGGCAGAGAAGGCUUCGUCGUCGCCGUUCGACUGCGAGCAGCCCGAGCCGCGUGGGGGCUGGCCCGAGGUCACGAGGCGGUGGUGCUGCCAGAACAGGGGGCUGGCGUGCAAGCCCACAAGCGCCCCUGGAGCCCUUCGACUGCAAGUCCAAUUCCCGCACCAAUAAGAAGACGGACUGGUCGCACCAGAAGGCCGCAUACUGCUGCGAGCACCACAAGAGCGGUUGCGGCAUGAUCACGAAGCAGGAGGAAGAUGGAUUUCCGGGCGAGAUAGAGGCGAAGGAGGCAGAGAAGGCGGCCGCACAGCGGAAGUCCCAGGACGUGGGCGUGCCGCGAGCUGCCGGCAGGCAGGAGGAGGGCGCCAGCGAGCCCCCCCAGUCCAUGGCGCACCUGAGCACCGCGCAGCCCGAGGGAGGCCACAUCCUCCCGUACGUCAUGUUCUGCCUGGUGCUCCUCCCAGCCGGGGGGGGCGGACUUUUGGUUCAGCUGCCGGCGGAAGAGCAGCUACUACACCCCGAAAGCGCCGCGGCAGCAGGUGAAGGCCACGACGGUGGGCCGCAGCCGGGGCGUCUACACGCCGCCGACGCUGAAUCUGUAGACCCGCCGGGCGCCUCGGAGGGCAGCAGUGCCACCGUGACGGGGGGCGCCGCGCGCCAGGCGCACGGCCCGCGGACAGGGCUCGGGCUGCCGUGAGAUGCCGCGGGCGGGGUGGAGCGCGGGGCUCCUCUGCUGCCCGCCUGCGGAGCACCUGCAGACAGCCGCCGUACAGUGCCGUUUUUUAUACAUGCUCCGCGUGCAGAUCAUGAGCAGCAGCACGAGGAUGGCCUGGCAUCGCUCGGACGUGUGCAUUUUUCUAGGCGAAGCCAGCGACAGAUCAUCUGGAUCAUCUUGGCCCAGUGUCCGCGGCGGCCGCCCGCCCCGCGCACGGCGCCCGCUCGGCGCGCGCCCCCGCGCCCCCCCCUGCGGGCGCCGGGGGCGGAGGCGCCUCGGCCAGCGGCGGUGCACGGCCCCCCUCGGGCGGCGUCGGG